UUCGCCUUCUGGUCUGUUGCGAGCAGUGACAAGAUGGCAAAGAAUGUUGCUGCUAUUACUAAAUUUUAUAAAAUGUUUUAGUGAAAUUUUCGUUGUGCCGUGUGAAUAUGGAAGUUAUUCUCCAGUGAAUUUGGUGCAAAUUAGUUACCGGUUAGUGUAAUGACAAAAAUGAACGUAUCGUAACGAUGGCCUCUUCCCAUUUAUAAAUCUUGUGCUUUAACAAUAGGGAAGGAGUCAUGCGAAAAACGAAAUGUAACUACAACUGAUUUGAGGAACGGAAUGUGUGCAAUGAAUUGGGUACCAUGCAGCGUGGCGCGUAACGCGCUAAUUUUGUUGGUCUUGUGUGUACACACCUUCGUGUUAGCAACAAUACCGACGGGAGCCAAGUUUUACAAAAUCCAUUGGAAUUCUUCUAAUCCCAUAUUUCGUAUCGACAAUACCGACAACGUCAUCGACGUUAACAGAAACAAUUUAAAAUUCGAAUACGAUCAAGUCAACUUAAUUUGUCCUGUUUACACGCCAGAGACGAAAAGCGAAGAAGAUAUGGAGAAAUAUAUUAUAUACAAUGUCUCAAAAGACGAGUACGAGACAUGUCGAAUAACAAAUCCGAAUCCGAGGAUUAUCGCAGUAUGCGACAAGCCUUAUAAAUUAAUGUAUUUUACAAUUACGUUUCGCCCGUUCACUCCCCAACCGGGAGGAUUAGAAUUUUUGCCGGGUAACGAUUACUAUUUUAUAUCGACAUCAACGGGUGACGACUUACAUAGACGAAUAGGUGGGCGUUGUACUACGCAUAAUAUGAAAAUUGUAUUUAAAGUAUGGGCCCCGCCGGAAGAUGCGACGACACGAUCUACCAUUAGCGUCUCGAAACCGGUCUGGUCGUCAAUAACAACCUCUCGCACCACCGAGAGUACUACCAGUACUACAAGUACGGAGAUUCCUUUGACGUCUAGGACAACUAAAAAGUCAAAGCCCUUCAGUAAACAUCCAAAUGAGGUUGUGAAAAGUGAAGAGCUUACUUUAGGAGGUAGAGCAUAUACGCAUCAUGUGAACUUGUGGGUGAUGGCUUUAUUAAUUACGUCGUUACUUUUCGCGUUGCGAUGAAAUUUUGACCAAUAGGACUUCCUCGUAAUCCCUUGACCUUUGUAAAUGUGGACGUACGUACGACCUAAAAUCAACUUACCCCUUAAUUUUAUAAAAACAACAAUAAAUUAAUUAUUAAGAUAU